AUGUCAACGAAGCUAAGAAAGGGAAGACAAACAAAGGGGAAGCAAAAGAUCGAGAUGAAGAAGGUUGAAGACUAUGCUGAUAGGAUGAUUACGUUCUCAAAACGUAAAGGCGGGAUUUUCAAGAAAAUGAACGAGUUCGUAGCUAUGUGCAACGUCGAAGUGGCUAUCUUGGUUUUCUCUCAAGCCGGAAAGGCGUAUACGUUCGCAUAUCCGUCCAUGGAUGAAGUGGCAGCCAGGUUGAAGAACCCUUGGGGACAAGAACUUGUUGUGAAAGACGAUACGGUACCGCUCGUCGAAGCUUAUAAGAAACGAAGGAUCCAGGACCACAUGAUCAAAAUGGAGGCACUCGACGAGGAGCUUGCGCAAGAUCUAGAGAAGCUGAAACUGCUAAAGAAAUCAAGAAAGGAAAAGAAGGUGGGCAAAAUGUGGUGGAACAUUCCUCAGGAAGGCUUGAGCAUGAAGGAGGCACAGCGAAGGCACCGAGCACUUGUUGAGUUACAUGAUAACUUACGUGAAAUGUUUAUUUCACUGUCGGGAAACGGGGGUGCUAGUUCAUCUUCUGCUGGUAGUUGGGGAUGUGACCACUCUAGUGGUGACGAAUCUGGUUAA